AUGCCCCACCUGCCUUGCGUUCCCUCGGGAGAAGCAAAAGGCUCCUUGUGCACAGCACACAAGCCCAGCCAGCUCCACUUUCUUAUAAUGUGUGGAAACCUUCUUGUAAUAAUCUCCAUCAUUUACUUCCAACAGCUCCACACUCCUACAAACUAUCUGAUCCUCUCUCUGGCUUUGGCUGACCUGCUUGUUGGGGUUUUAGUUUUACCUUUUAGUGUUAUACUGGCUGUAUGCUCAUGUUGUUUUCUCGACUCACUCUUUGACAGAUAUUACGCAGUGUGUCAGCCUCUGAGGUACAGAAGUAAAAUAAAUGUCCGUACUAUUGUCAACAUGAUCCUAGUGAGCUGGACUGUUUCUGCACUAAUUGGAAUUGGAAACACAAUUUGGGGACUGAGCAAAGGGCAAUCUAAUAUAUGUCUUUUAUUUCAAGAUAAAAGUAAGCCUACUGCAAUUAUGGGAGCAAUUUUUAUGUUUUACCUCCCAGCUAUCGUAAUGUUCUCCAUCUACCUAAAGAUUUUUAUGGUGGCACAGAGACAGGCACGCAGCAUCCAGAACACAACCUGUCAAAACAAAAAGUCUGGAGCAACUAUCAGUAAAAUGGAGAGAAAGGCCACUAAAACUCUGGCUAUUGUGAUGGGAAUAUUUCUAAUCUGUUGGACUCCUUUCUUUCUUUGUACCUCCUUUCACCUUUUCAAUAAUAACGCAAUACCACCGCCUGUGAUUCAAAUGUUUAAGUGGCUUGGAUGGUCAAAUUCAAUGCUCAAUCCAUUUGUCUAUGGUUUCUUUUACACCUGGUUUCGAACAGCUUUCAGAAUGAUCAUUACUGGCAAAAUAUUUCAAGUGCUGUCAUGA